AUGUUCGCUGAUCCCUUGUACAAUUUCCUUACCGAGACGCCAUACGACUCACAUCGUUCAAUGCCCCGCUCCAACUGCGGGACGCCGGGGCAGGGUUCGAUGGAGGAGGUGUUUCCGGCGCGGGGGGCGCCGGGUUCGGCGUCGGUGGGGGCGCGUAGCCGUGCCCCAUUGGCGGGAGGCAUCAUCAGCGUUGCCACCCAUAACGGUGAAGAGCUUCACUACCCUGUCGUGCAAGGACGCGCUGGCGGAAGCCUGUCGCCUCACUUGCACUCAGCGGAAUGGACUUCUAGCAUUGCCGCGCAGUCGAACGUGGCAGCCCGCGCUCAUCAGCACACCUCCGUCACGGGCAGAUUUGCGCCCACUCAUAGUAUGCUGCAAGGUGCGAUGGACUCUGGAGGCACGAAUGAGGGCGAGACCACCGCUGACGCGCAGGAGGCCUACCGACAAAGUCGUCUCACCCCGUCGUGGAUUCAGCGGCAUCGGCGCGCAAGCGGGGAGGCCAGGCGCAGUCCGCCACCCGCGCUUGCCUUGCGCAGCGAGCAGGUGGAGGACGUGAUGCACGCGAGCACGUCUCAUACCUCCACACCCUCCUGGUCGCUAUCGUCGACGCCGCGCCACUCGAUACAGCACACAUCCCUCUCGAGUAGCCAAGCUUGGCGGUCAGGGAUGGGAGCAGAGACAGCGUUGGACAGUAGUGCCAACGUAGACCGAUGUCAGCACCCCGCGCCUGAAGUUGUGCCAAUCAGGGUAGAAAAGGUAGGAGUAAGUACACCGGAGAUGGCCGAGUACUUUGCCGAAAGUGCUGUGGAUGCGGUGCGACAGCGCAGGUCUUCGUGGAUGCUGAACAGCAGCAGCUCCUGCUGUCCCAUUUGCCACACGCAGUCGCUGCCUCGGUCCUCGCUUCCAGAAAAUAGCCCUCACCCAACAGUUUGGAGUGACACGCACACUGUGCUGGAGCGUCUCAUGCGUUUCAUGGAAGACCAGUCUGCGUCGAUGCAGAAGCUGCACCAGCGGAUGGGCGCGCUGGAAAGCACCAGCAACAGUUUACUAGAGCGUGUGCAGAAAAUCGAGUCACGCACACCCGCCAACGCGGACAGUAUCAACCGGGUAUCAGUGGAGUCUCCCUCGCCAUCUGUCACACGCACAUCAGACUCGCUCGAGUCCGCGCCGCGGCCCUCAACCCGUGCCCCAUCCAAGCCAGUCAACUAA